AUGGUUGGCGCAGAGAUUGAGAAAGGCGCACCUGAGUCAGAGCUGUCAGGGACCGACAAGAGUGCGCUUCAACUAAAAGCUCAUGGUACGACAACAGAGAAGCAGUCAAAGAAAGAUGCCCAAGGUCCAGAAGACACUUCCACACACAAGUACGUUUCGUUCCCCCCAUUCCCAGGCGAAACCUGCGGCGUGGCUUUGGAGGUCAGUCAAGGGGAACAGUUGUCCGUGGAGGCAGGAGCACAUGAACAAGAGUCUCCCAACCCACCGAAUCAGCGGCCGCGCAAGGCGUCAUCUUUCUGGUCAUGGAGAUGA